CCCCACCGCCGUCUACACUUCCGCUCGAAGUUGAUUGCACGUGCGUGCGUGUCUUACCUCAGUCACUUACGUCAACAGCAGCAAUGGCAACACAGAGCAGCAAACAGAGCAGCAAAUAUGGGUACUCGCUCAAUUUCGACUGGAAGCACCCGUGGCCACGUGCCCCUACGCCCAAGAACGAGGAGGCUCGUCUCGAGGAGCUGACACGGUACCGCAUUCUAGACUCGGAGCCCGAUGAAAAGUUCGACAAGCUCUGUCGCAUCGCGUGCAAGGAGAUGAAGUGCCCCAUCGCGGCCGUGAGCUUCAUUGACAAGCAGAAGCAGUGGUUUAAGGCCAACAGCGGCCUCACGCAGCGCCAGAUUCCGCGCGACGUGGCGCUCUGUGCGCACACCAUCAUGCACGCCAAGCGCGCACUGGUGGUCGAGGACACAUCACUGGACGAGCGAUUCCAGCACAACCCCCUGGUUACGCGCGCGUCGGCCGUGCGCUUCUACGCUGGUGUACCAAUUACUACGCCCAACGGCUUUUGCAUCGGCUCGGUCUUUGUGUUUGACGUCAAGAGCCACCACAAUGUGGACGCCAAGAUUUUGCACAAAAUUGCCGCCAAAGUACUCAAAUACAUGGACGAGCGACUGAAAAACAUGGCAGCUGCCAAUGGUGGCGCCCUACCGGAGCCCGCACCCACUUCCCGGUCCAAUUCCGCACCGCCCAAGCGGAAAAUAGUGUCCCCCCCAACCUCACAGGGCAGCACGGAACAGCCCGCGGGUGAGACAGCACUCAGGGAACAACUACCGCCGGCUCCGGUCAAACCCGAGCCUGUGGCGGAGCCUGCGCCUAGCUCCGAAGCCACAGCCGCUGAGAGUGGUGCGAUCGUUCAAGCAGCACAGGCGGCAGCAGCUACAAGUACCGCCAUUGAAGCCCAGGGUCAGGGACAGGGAGGACUGGGCAACAUGGGCUCCAUGCUUAUGAACCUGCUGGCGCGCACAACAGAGACGCAGCAACAACUCGCAGCACAACAGGGUGUCAUGUUCGAAACACUCGGCGAACACUCGAACCAGCUGGACUCGCUGGGCCAGUCCAUGAGCAAUCUGGAAAAGCGCUUCGAGCAGGUGCGACUCAAGAAGGAGCAGCAGCAGCGGAAUGCGGCGAAUGCAAGCCGCAGACCCAAGCGCGUGUAAACAACUUUUGACUCAAGAGAAAAGUGAAGGAAGCUACUCAAUUAGUUCAUGGCUUGGAGCUGAGCGAGGGAGGCAAAACAUGCAACUCGCAUGGACCGUAAAAGUAUCUAUACGCCUCCCCGUCCACUUUCCCAAGCCAAGAAAGCCAUUAGUCAACGUGUUGCAUUACGAAUAUAUGUGCUGUGGCAUUUUAGUACAUUCAAA